CUCCUCACCAUCUAAGAAAAGUGCGCAGUAGAAGAGAAGAAUCCCGGCCCCAAAACCUUUAUUUUUUCCUUCUCUUUAUAUGUGGGUCGGAUCGUUUUCAGUGAUUAUGUUGUAUGCUGUGUCGUAUUCUUAUUUUGGUGUCUCAUAUUCGAUGUUCUUAUAGCUUGGCUUUCUUGUUUAUAACUUACGAGAUAACGUUAAUUCAUGAUAUCUAGCUAUACUGCGGUGUAUUUUGCGUCCAUGAAUAAGUACUCUGCGAUUUAACGCUCUGCUAGAACUGUCUCUAAUUCCCCCUAAAUCUUAGUACUUCACUGCGUUACUUGCCCAGCAAUCAUAGUUCAAUCACCCUGAAGGAAAGAUUUUUAGAUAUAUAUAUAUAUAUAUAGUGACUUUUAGAUAUAUAUAUAUAGUCUGUCCUUCUUGGUGUCUAGAUCCUUUUAUCGCCUCAUAGUCCUCGAGACAGCUCGUGCUUUAUUUUCUUGUGGGAUUUAGUCUAGUUCUUGUACUGUUCCAUAUACACGAAAGAGAACAAAAAAGAAGGUUUUUCGAUUUUCUAAUGGGAGGGCCGGAGGGUGUGAUAGUGGUGAGAGAGUUCGACCGUAACAAGGACCUUUGGGGAGUGGAAGAUGUGGAGAGGAGGUGCGAGGUCGGACCCAGCGGCAAGCUCUCCCUCUUCACCGACCUCCUUGGUGACCCUAUUUGCCGGGUCCGCAACUCUCCUGCUUUCCUCAUGCUGGUCGCGGAGAUGGGCAAAGAGAAAGAGAUAGUGGGCAUGAUCAGAGGCUCCAUCAAGACCGCAACUUGCGGCAAGAAACUAUGCAGAAAUGCCAAAACUAACGCCAACAAGAAUGAACACAUCAAACACGUUCCUGUUUACACCAAGCUCGCCUACAUCUUAGGCCUCCGCGUCUCCCCUUCUCACCGGAGGAUGGGAAUAGGUUUCAUGCUGGUGCGUCGAAUGGAAGAGUGGUUUAGAGAGAAUGGAGCCGAGUAUUCGUACAUGGCAACCGACAACGAUAAUCUCGCUUCCGUUACGCUCUUCACCCAGAAAUGCGGUUACUCCAAGUUCCGCACGCCUUCCAUCCUUGUCAAUCCCGUCUUCGCUCAUCGAGUCCCGAUCUCCAGCCGAGUCUCCGUCAUUUGCCUCGAUCCCUCCGAAGCAGAAAUCCUCUACCGCCGGCGAUUCUCCACGACCGAGUUUUUCCCCCGUGACAUUGACUCCGUUCUUAACAACAAACUCAGUCUGGGGACCUUUCUUGCUGUGCCCCGUGGGACGUUUACGGCGGAGUCAUUCCCCGGGUCUGAUCGGUUCCUUUCAGACCCUCCUGAGUCCUGGGCGGUACUCAGUGUAUGGAACUGUAAGGACGUGUUCGCGCUGGAGGUCCGGGGGGCGUCGUACGUGAGGCGCACACUCGCAAAAACAACCCGGAUGGUGGACCGGGCAUUUCCGUGGCUGCACUUACCUUCGGUGCCGGAAUUGUUUAAGCCAUUCGGGCUGCAUUUCAUGUAUGGAAUAGGAGGGGAAGGCCCAGACGCGGUGAAGUUGGUGAAGGCGUUGUGUGGUUACGCGCACAACCUGGCGAAAGCUUGUGGGUGUGGGGUAGUGGCGACGGAGGUGUCAAGUCGGGAACCGCUGAGGUUAGGAAUUCCUCAUUGGAAGAAACUAUCGUGCGCUGAGGACUUGUGGGGCAUGAAGAGGUUGGGGGAGGGCUAUAGUGAAGGCUCUGUCGGUGACUGGACCAAAUCAAAACCUGGAUUGUCCAUUUUUGUGGACCCAAGAGAGAUCUAAAACCUAAAAACCAAAUUAGCCAAUGACGAGGAAAGAUCAACAGAAUGAAGAAGAAAUGGGUUUUUUUUUUUGAUAGUAAAACAAAAGAAAAUAUAAAAUUAAGCUUUUAGUUGUAAUUGGAUGUGGCUUUUUAACAUCUUCUUGAAGCAGAACUUUCGUGUUGGGUGUAAAUAUAUAUAUAUAUAGACCGACCGAGUUCCAUG